CCUUAGUUUAGUCAACAUUUAAUUUUGUCAAAAAGUCAUUCCCUCACAACCACUAAUAGACAAAUUAAGCAAUGUCUCCAUAACCUUCCGUGCCUAUAAAUACGUUCCACUUUGCCACUUUCUUUCCAUCACCUUUUACUUCAUUAAAAUGAAGCUUUGUGAAUUCACAGCUCUUUCUUUGUUACUUUCUCUCCUAUUGCUAGCUGCAUCGGCAGAACAAUGUGGUAAGCAGGCGGGAGGUGCACGUUGUGCCCCCGGACUCUGUUGCAGCAAAUUUGGCUGGUGUGGUAAUACUAAUGUCUAUUGUGGUCCUGGAAAUUGUCAAAGUCAGUGUCCUUCGGGUCCCUCUCCGAAGCCACCAACCCCUGGUCCUCGUCCUGGUGGGGACAUCAGUGGUGUUAUCUCAAAUUCUAUGUUUGAUCAAAUGCUUAAGCAUCGCAAUGAUAAUGCAUGUCAAGGAAAGGGUAAUUUCUACAGUUACAAUGCCUUCAUCAGUGCUGCCAGGUCUUUUCGUGGCUUUGGUACCACUGGUGAUACCACUGCCCGAAAAAGAGAAAUUGCUGCUUUCUUUGCCCAAACCUCCCAUGAAACUACCGGAGGAUGGCCUACAGCCCCUGAUGGACCAUAUGCAUGGGGAUACUGCUUCCUUAGAGAAAGAGGUAGCCCCGGGGACUACUGUACACCAAGUGGUCAAUGGCCUUGUGCUCCUGGAAGAAAAUACUUCGGACGAGGUCCCAUUCAAAUCUCACACAAUUACAACUAUGGGCCAUGUGGAAGAGCCAUCGGAGUUGACCUUUUAAACAAUCCUGAUUUAGUUGCCACGGAUCCAGUCAUCUCAUUCAAAUCAGCUAUCUGGUUCUGGAUGACCCCUCAAUCACCAAAGCCUUCUUGCCACGAUGUCAUCAUUGGAAGAUGGCAACCAUCCAGCGCUGACCGAGCAGCCAACCGCCUCCCUGGAUUCGGCGUCACCACAAACAUCAUUAAUGGUGGCUUGGAAUGUGGUCAUGGUAAUGACAAUAGGGUCCAGGAUCGGAUUGGGUUUUAUAGGAGGUAUUGUGGAAUUCUUGGAGUUAGCCCAGGUAACAAUCUUGAUUGCGGCAAUCAGAGAUCUUUUGGCAAUGGACUCUUAAUCGAUUCUAUGUAACAACUUCAUCAUUUGUUUUGUUGUAUUCUCUUACAACAAUCCAGGGCCAAACUAUAAAUAAAUUUACUUAUGUAAAUGUGUUGUAAUCUGAUGGGACCAUGACAUGUAAUAGUUUUUCAUUUUAAUAAACAGAAACGGUCCACGAUGGUGGAUGGUUCAACUUC